UUGCCGUUCUGUCAUAUAAUGGGCUGGUGCUAAAUGCGUCCCCCGGGGGGAAGGGGGAGCGUGCGGUUAGCUGUGGAAGAGUUCUUAUAAUAGGUGCUCUGUGCAUAAAGAGAGGGAGGAGACUGGAGCAUCGAUUCGGAGAGCGUUUCGGCGUGAAAAAGGGCUUGAGAAGGAGGUGGGAAACUCGGUAAAAAGGCUCGGGUGAUGGAGCUGAGCUAGGGAAUAUAGGAGGUCCGUGCCCUUGUGAAAGCGCCGGAUUCCUGCAUGGCAAAGCGGUCCAUUACAAAGCGAGGCUGAGCUCUCUGGGAGCGCAAACAGGAGGGCACGAUGCCAGUGGUGUGGCCAACUCUAUUGGACCUCAGCAGAGAUGAAUGCAAGAGGAUCCUUCGCAAACUGGGUACAAACUGGAAGCAUAUGCAGGUGUCAUCAGUGCCUUACGUGCACAGGGAGACCUUACGAAAGAGAAGAAGGAUCUUCUUGGAGAACUCUCUAAAGUGCUUAGUAUUUCAACGGAGAGACAUCGUGCUGAAGUUCGGAGGGCAGUAAAUGAUGAACGACUAACGACUAUUGCACACAAUAUGUCUGGACCAAACAGCUCUUCCGAAUGGUCUAUAGAAGGUCGUCGACUGGUGCCGCUGAUGCCACGGCUUGUUCCACAAACAGCUUUUACUGUUACUGCUAAUGCUGUUGCCAAUGCAGCGGUUCAGCACAACGCAUCUCUUCCAGUUCCUGCAGAAACUGGGAACAAAGAAGUGGUGGUUUGCUAUUCCUACACAAGUACCACUUCAACCCCAACAUCUACCCCUGUUCCAAGUGGCAGUGUAGCAACAGUGAAGUCCCCCAGACCUGCCAGUCCAGCCUCCAAUGUAGUCGUCUUGCCAAGUGGAAGUACUGUUUACGUCAAAAGCGUCAGCUGCUCAGAUGAUGAUGAAAAGCCCCGCAAAAGACGGCGAACGAAUUCCUCAAGUUCUUCCCCUGUUCUCCUGAAAGAAGUCCCGAAGGCAGUGACUCCUGUCACUAAAACUAUCACAGUGCCUGUAAGUGGCAGCCCCAAGAUGAGUAAUAUAAUGCAGAGCAUUGCCAACUCCUUACCACCACACAUGUCGCCUGUGAAAAUAACCUUCACUAAGCCCUCAACGCAGACAACAAACACGACAACGCAGAAGGUGAUCAUAGUGACCACCUCUCCAAGCUCAACUUUUGUACCCAACAUCCUUUCAAAGUCCCACAACUAUGCAGCAGUCACGAAACUUGUCCCAACGUCAGUCAUUGCCUCAACUACUCAGAAGCAGCCAGUGGUCAUAACUGCUUCUCAGUCCUCUUUGGUCAGUAGCAGCAGCACCAGCAGCAGCUGUUCCACUCCUUCCUGUACUGCAAAUACUAUUGCUGUGACUGCUGUAGUAUCAUCAACACCAUCAGUGGUUAUGUCAACAGUAGCACAAGGUGUGUCUACGUCAGCAAUUAAAGUUGCCUCUACCAGGCUACCUUCCCCAAAAGGUCUGGUUGGGAACCCAACACAGAUCUUAGCACAGUUUCCCAAACAGCAUCAGCAGUCCCCCAAACAGCAGCUGCAACAAAUACAACAGGCCCAGCAACAGCAACAACAGCAGCAGCAGCAGCAGCAACAGCAGCAACAACUGGUGCAGUCCUCUGCAGCUCAGCAGCAGCCACAGCAAUCUCAGUUGCCACCUGGCAUCAAGCCCACCAUUCAGAUCAAACAGGAAUCAGGUGUUAAAAUAAUCACUCAGCAGGUGCAGCCCAGUAAAAUCCUUCCCAAACCAGUUACAGCGACCUUGCCCAGCAGUAGCAAUUCACCUAUUAUGGUGGUUAGCAGUAAUGGGACUGUCAUGACAACUAAACUGGUCACUACUCCCACUGGAACUCAAGCAACAUAUACACGGCCAGCAGUUAGCCCCUCGAUAGGGGCUCGGAUGGCUGGAACUCCAGGGGCUGCUACUUAUGUGAAAACUACAAGUGGCAGCAUCAUUACUGUAGUGCCAAAAUCACUGGCUACGCUGGGAGGGAAGAUUAUCAGCAGUAAUAUUGUUUCUGGAACUACGACCAAAAUCACUACAAUUCCAAUGACAUCCAAGCCCAACGUGAUCGUUGUGCAAAAGACUACUGGCAAAGGAACUACAAUUCAAGGGCUUCCAGGCAAAAAUGUUGUCACAACGCUAUUGAAUGCUGGGGGGGAAAAAACUAUUCAGGCAGUGCCAGCAGGAGCAAAACCUGCUAUCAUCACUGCCACAAGACCCAUCACAAAAAUGAUUGUUACACAGCCAAAAGGAAUAGGGUCCACGGUCCAGCCAGCCACCAAAAUCAUCCCAACUAAAAUUGUUUAUGGUCAGCAAGGGAAAACGCAGGUUCUCAUAAAACCAAAGCCAGUGACGUUUCAAGCAACAGUGGUGAGCGAACAAACUAGGCAGUUGGUGACAGAAACGUUACAACAGGCAUCAAGGGUGGCAGAGACAGGAAACUCCUCUCUCCCAGAAGUAAAAGAAGAACCACAAACCUACACUGAGAGCAGCUCUUCCUCUACAGAGUCCUCCCAGAGCUCCCAAGAUUCUCAGCCUGUUGUCCAUGUGAUUGCUUCAAGAAGUCAAGAUUGGUCGGAACAUGAAAUUGCUGUGGACACAAGCCCUACAAUCAUCUACCAGGAUGUAUCCAGUGAAUCUCAGUCAGCUACUUCCACAAUAAAAGCAUUACUGGAACUUCAGCAGACCACAGCAGUGAAGGAAAAGAUAGAAUCGAAGCCAAGGCAGCCUACCAUUGACUUGAGCCAAAUGGCUGUCCCAAUCCAGAUGUCCCAAGAAAAGAGGCAUUCUCCAGAAAGCCCUUCAAUUGCUGUAGUAGAGUCGGAAUUAGUUGCUGAAUAUAUCACAACUGACUCAGGAAGACAACACUGUAUUGGUUCACAUUCGGAAGAGUAUCUACACAACCAUAUAGUCAGCCAUCGGUCCCAGCCCCACCAACAGUCAUCUCAGCCCCAGAGGACUCUCCUGCAGCAUGUGGCUCAGUCGCAGACAGCAACGCAGACUUCUGUUGUGGUGAAAUCUAUCCCUGCAUCUUCCACGGGCGCAAUUACCCAUAUCAUGCAGCAGGCCUUAAGCAGUCACACUGCAUUUACCAAACACAGUGAACAACUUGGAACUGAGGAAGGAGAAGUGGAAGAGAUGGACACCUUAGAUCCUCAGACUGGCCUGUUUUACAGAUCUGCCCUGACACAAUCGCAGACACAAAACCAGCAAAAACUGAGUCAGCCACAGCUGGAACAGACUCAACUGCAAGUGAAAACCCUGCAGUGUUUCCAGACUAAGCAGAAGCAGACAAUCCACCUGCAGGCCGAUCCCAUCCAGCACAAACUCCCACAAAUGCCCCAGCUUUCUAUAAGGCAUCAAAAGCUAACCCCCCUGCAGCAAGAGCAAGCACAGACCAAACCAGAUGCACAGCACCCCCCCCACCACAUGAUGGCCAAAGAAAGGCAACUCCCUACCUUAGUGGCCCAGCCACAGCAAACUGUAGUACAGGUGCUGGCAGUAAAAACCACACAGCAACUGCCCAAACUGCAACAGGCACCAACGGCACAAAAAAUCUACGUGCAACCCCAGCCCCCCCAGAGUCAAAUGCAGCUACCUGCCUCUUCAGAGAAACAGCCAGCAAGCCAGGUGCAGCAUCCAAUUAUAACGCAAGGAUCCACUGUUCCAAAGAUAACUUUUGAGGGGCAUCAGCCUCCUUCUGUUUCAAAGGUAGCAGGUGGCAGUUCUGUGCCCAAACUGGCGUUGCCGGUUACCAACCUAUUUCCCAUGCAGGCAUCCGAGAAGACAGCAGUAACAGAUAUUGUGAGAGUGUCUAUGGUGGAAGCUCAGAUUGAUACAGACAUAGAACAGACGGUAGUGGAUCCCCCAGACAAGGCCAUGUCCACUAGUAAACUCGCUAGCGAAGGAGAGUCGUCACCUUGUACCCAGGGGCCGAGGGUCACUGCAGUGGGGAUGACGGCAACUUCCAUCCCCGAGCAACAGACGCGUACAGAAUCCAGCUCAAGUCCUCCUGCUGUUGGUCCCACUGUAACAGAGAGGAAACUCGAUGCACAAGGAAUGCCUCCAACAAACCAGUUUAUACACAUUCAGGAUAUAUCACAAAAGAAAGCUGAAGAGACUUCGUCAGAAAUCGUUAUCCAGGCCAUCCCUCACUAUUCCAUCCCUUGUCACUCCAGCUCCAAUGUGGUAGUGGAACCCAGCGGGCUCCUGGAGCUCAACAACUUCACCAGUCAGCGCCUCGAUGAUGAGGAGACAGUGAUGGAGCAAGAUGUGGACAGUAGCACUGAGGACGGCACUGAGCCCAGCCCCUCUCGAAGUUCUGCUGAACAAUCCUAAGGAAUUGGGACACUGGAGUGCACUUUAUAAUAUCUUGGGAUUUUUGAGUAUCCAAGAUGCCCUUGUAUUGUGAUGUCUUAGAGCACUUUGCCUAUUAGAGUUGUUCAUUGGACCCUUGAAGCAUCAGUGUGUUUUAACAAGACGGUAUUGCAAAAGCUGCAUCUUACAAAUUGUUUCCAAAAAGGAAAAGAACAAAAAACAAAAAAAAAAGGAAGAAAAACCAUGAUGUAGUCACUGAGAUUCAGUAAACCUGUGACAGUGGAAUGUACUCCUGUUAAAAAGCAGAUCUGCAGCGAAUUCUACAGCUCGUGCUAUUGAAGCCCCAGAUACUGAAACAGCCUUCAGUAAAAAGGGAUUUGUUACUUUGCUGUGGUUUUUUUCUUUUUUGUUAGCUGUUGAGCAAAGCACCAUCAGAAGAGAAAAAAAGAAUGUUUAAUAAAAAUUUGUAUUUUUAAAUAGCAUGGGAGAGAAAACGUGUCUCUGACAGUGCUGGAAAAGCCCCAGGAAUUUUGGAAUUGGUUUGCUUUCUUGCACUUGUGCUCACUUAGAGUUAAGGUUUUUGGGGUUGGUUUCUUUUUUUUUUGUUAGCCUAAAAAUAGAGUUUUAUAUUGAUUUAAAUUCUCAUUGCUGAAUGUUUGGAAGUAAGCAAAAUCACUAACUGGUAGCAAAGUGGAUUUGCUAGUGCUUUACAACAAGUCGAAUGACGACGGCGUAUGGGGCGUUCCUUCGUGCCGUAAGCACACGAAAUGCUCCAUCUGCUCUGGUUAAUCUUUGGAUUAUUUAUUGAAAUGUGAAAUCUAAAGUGAGGCCAAGUUGUUGAAGAAGUUCCUGUGAAACAGGCAGGUCUGUUGAUUCUGAUACAAAAACCAUGGUGUGUGUAUGGGGGGGGAUGUAUUUUGCUACAAAUCAGUUUUUCAAAAUCGGGGAUAUGUGGUUCAGCAUCUUUCCAAGUUGAACCUGUGAAAUGUGCUUCAAGGCUUGUAAAAAACCUGUAUUUUACUCUUACAUGCUGUUUUUAAAGUGACCAUAUUUUGGCAGUUUAAAAGCUUAAAUCAGUAUACAGUGUUAGGUUUCAGAAAUUAGCCUUAUGACUCGGCUUGUUGAAGCAAUACAUUGGGUUUUUGUGAUAGUUACAAGCCACAGAGAAAGGUUUGGGUUCAGGUGGGAGGAGAGAACCAGUUUUAAUACAGUCUGCUAAUGAAGACAAUACUUUUUUUUCCCUCCAAAUGUAUAUAAAACCCACGUUUUUACCUGUUUUGUAUAGAUUUCAUUAUAAAUAACUAAGCAUUUUAAGACUUUUGACAUAUCAUUUAAUUGUAUAUACAUCUAUGAGCCUAACUGCCCACUUUUUGGUGCUGAAGUACUACUGUAAGUAGAUUUCAUCCAAAGUCUAAUACAGCUUUUUUGCGUCAGUCUUUUUUUUAAGCUGUGAUUUUACUGUUGAUAUUGUAGCUAAGAUUAAAUUCCAACUAGAAGAACUCAAAACUAAGAAAUACAAAACCUCAAAACCAACUUA